AUGAUGCCAAUAGAAGAAGCAGUUUAUAUAUCGGAGCUCUUCGACAUUCGUACAACGGAUAAUAGCGGAAGAGCCUGCUUUGCGAGCAAAGAUCUGAAGAAAGGCACUGAUGUACUGUGUCUAACUAAAUGUCUAGGAGCCUCGACAUGUUAUGAAUUUCGCAAAGAAGUUUGCAGUCAAUGUUUUCAGUAUGACGGUGGCCAAAGAAUGAAGGUGCGUCUUAACAAUAAAUUUCUCAAAGGGGCUGGACUGUGGUUUUGCACUGAGAACUGCCGAGAUCAAUUUUUGAGACAGGAACAUGUCGAUCACCUCAUUGAUGCACUCGAGACUCUCCUUGUGAGUUGGGAAAUACAGGCGAAAAAGAGAAUUGGAAGCAUAGACAGGGCGAGCAAUUCAAGUAUAAGCACCGAAAAAAUUGAGAGCUUAUGGCAGGAUAUCCGAGAUAAUUGGAUUACACGUAUUGACAGGAUGAAGCCCACUAAACGUGUUUUGCAGCUGCCAAUUAUCAACGAGGACGAGUAUGUAUGCGCGCGCUUUGUGAUACACUGUCUGUUCACCCUUAAAACUACCGACACAAGCAGCCUUCAUAUGGCAGCUUUCAGGAAUCUCCAAUCCAACGAAAGUAGUAAAAUAUCAAGGUUUCCGGUGUUACUGGACUUACAAAAACGUGUGUUUCAAACCCUCUACAUUUUACUGCCGCCAUUUCUGAAAUCUGGGUUUGACAUCCCAACAUUCAGGCAUAUUCUCGGGUCUGAAUAUGGCAACUCAUUUGGCAUAUGGCAAAAUGAGGAAGCCAGUGAUAGUCGAGAGUACCUUGGCUAUUGGGUACUUCCAGAGGCAUCAUUUUUCAAUCAUUCGUGCGCUCCAAAUCUAAUCAAGCAUCGAUUUGGUAAUAAAAUGAUAUUCACAUUAAACUCCGACGUAACCAAAGAUCAGGAACUAUGUAUAGAUUACAAGGAUAUCCUGGAUCUAAAGGUUGAUGAAAGACGUCACAUUUUAAAAGAAAAUUGGUUCUUUUCAUGCGAAUGCCCUCGCUGCAAGAUAGAGAUGCAAAUCAAUUAA